AUCCUCCCUCCCUCCCUCCAGUACGCGAGCCGCAUAUACAGUACGCUCUCGCGGCUCGCUCAGCUUUUGCCUCCUUCCCUUCCCCGCCGUCGCCGCUGCUUCCUCCCUCCCUCCACUCCGCCAUAUAAAAAUGGCCAGCCGCGACACCUCACACUGACACUGCCCCGUCCAUCAGACGAAUCACGCGCACACAUUCACACUGCGCUUGGACUCACCGCUGCUGCUGCUGCCGGAGCUAACAGAAGACAGCAGCGGGGGCUGGUUCCGGUGGAUCCUCGCCGCCGCAGCAGCUAGCCGAGAGGAGCUGGAUUCGGAUCGGGAUCCCGCACACCGCGCGCCCGCCCAAGAGGCCGUCUCAAGGGGGAAGAAAUGUAAGCCGCAGAUACUGAUUUGCACAGCGCUCAGUUGAAUUACAGGCCAUCUUGAGAGCUGGAUAGUACUGAAAAUGGGUGUAUGGAGCUUCAAGAGGAAAGCUCUGAUGUCGGGGCUUUGGUCUCAGCACCAUCAAGGAACCUGUCAUCCUCUUCCUCGACAUUUGUUUCUGCCAACCAGUCACCUUUCUUCACACCACGCUCACUGUCUGCUCGUCGCCCAGAGCAUGCUCAUAUCGAGCACAAUAACUCCCCAACUGGUAUCGCGCUGAAAAUUGGUGAUAUUCUUUCCAGUGACACUCUGGUACAUCGGGAGCAGUUACCAUCAGCCAACAUAAGGUUAUUGCUAGAUGAUGCUUCUCCUCUUCCUAGCCUUUGCACUUCAAGUAAUUUUGGAACUCCAGCAAUUGUCUAUAACAAUCCCAGCUUCAUUUCCACCUUCAAUGGCCCAUACCAAGGUAGUUCGUCAGCGACUCCGACUAGCAAUUGUGAUCGUUCAACUCGAAAGGAGAAACAGAAGAGGCAGGUGGGAAUAUAUCGGAAAUCUUCAUCCUCUCAACCUACGCCAUCAGCAGCUUCUGUCAGUAGGCUUCGAACCUACGAUGUGUACAUAGGGUUUCAUGGCCGCAAGGCUUCACUGCUGAGGUUCACAAAUUGGCUUCGUGCAGAACUUGAGAUUCAUGGAAUCAGUUGCUUUGCUUCUGAUCGGUCCAGGUGUCGGAAUUCACACAGCCAUGAUGCUGUUGAGAGGGUAAUGAAUGCUUCCACAUAUGGAAUUGUCAUCCUUACAAAGAAGUCAUUUGGCAAUCCUUAUACGAUUGAGGAGCUCAGGAACUUCUUUGGCAAGAAAAACCUGAUCCCUAUAUUCUUUGACUUGUGUGCUGCUGAUUGCCUUGCCAGAGAUAUCAUAGAGAAGAGAGGAGAACUGUGGGAGAAACAUGGUGGUGAGCUGUGGAUGUUAUAUGGUGGAAUGGAGAAUGAAUGGAGGGAAUCAGUUGAUGCUCUUUCUCGGGUGAUAGAUGUGCAGUUAGAAGCGAAUGAUACCAAUUGGAGAGCCUCCAUACUGCAAGCAGUUAUUCUUUUGGCCACGAAAUUAGGUAGGAGAAGUGUGGUUGAUCGGGUGAAUAGGUGGAGAGCGAGGGUGGAGAAAGAUGAAUUUCCUUUCCCUCGCAAUGGUGAUUUCGUCGGGAGGAAAAAGGAGCUCUCGGAGUUGGAGCUCAUUUUGUUUGGUGAUGUCAGUGGGGAAGGGGAAAAGAAGUAUUUUGAGCUCAAGACAAAGCAAAGAAGAAAAGGCCCUGUGAGUGGCUGGUCUGCUAACAAUUAUGAGCAAUUAAAUGCAGAUACCAUCAAGGGAAAGGAACCAGUUUUGUGGAAGGAGACUGAGGAAGGCAUUGAGAUGCAGAGACUGGGCACUCCACUGCAGCAUGGCCGACAACCGAGAGUGAAGAACGGUGGGAGAUAUGGGAGGAAGAAAAAAACUAGGAAGAUACUCUAUGGAAAGGGUAUUGCUUGCAUAUCAGGGGAAUCUGGAAUGGGCAAGACAGAUUUGGCUUUGGAGUACGCAUACAGGUUCUCCCAGAGAUAUAAGAUGAUUUUGUGGGUCAGAGGGGAGAGCAGAUACAUUCGACAUAAUUAUUUGUCUUUGCGGACUCUUCUGGAAGUAGAUUUAAGUGUUGAUACUCGAUUGCAUGAGAAAGGAAGUGACCGAUGCUUUGAGGAACAGGAAGAGGAAGCCAUUGCCAAGAUAAGACAAGAACUGAUGCGGGACAUACCGUAUUUAGUUAUCAUUGAUAAUCUGGAGAGUGAGAAGGACUGGUGGGACAAGAGAGUCAUAAUGGACCUUCUCCCACAAUUUGGUGGAGAGACUCACUUCAUCAUAACAACACGCCUUCCACGGGUGAUGAACUUGGAGCCAAUGAAGCUUUCUUAUUUAUCUGGUGCUGAGGCAAUGACUCUGAUGAAGGGGGCUGUCAAGGAAUACCCGCUAAUGGAAAUUGAUGCGCUCAAGGUCAUUGAAGAAAAGCUUGGGAGGCUCACUCUUGGCCUAGGUAUUGUUGGAGCUAUACUCUCAGAGCUUCCAAUUACUCCAAGUAGGCUUCUUGACACGUUGAAUCGGCCAUCGCCCGUAAGAGAUUUUUCUUGGAAUGAGAGAGAAGUGAUCAGCUUGAAAAAUCAUGAAAUCCUUGUUAGACUCCUGGAUGUCUGCCUAUCGAUAUUUGAGCACGCAGAUGGUCCCAGGAGUAUGGCAAUUCGUAUGGUUCAAGUGAGUGGUUGGUUUGCACCAUCUGCAGUUCCAAUCCAUAUGUUGGCUCUGGCUGCACAUAAAAUCCCAAAGAAGCAUCGGAGGGGUCCAAGGUGGAGGAAGUGGUGGCGAACACUGACUUGUGGCCUUGCAACUUCUAGGAUGCAGAGAUCUGAAGCCGAAGCAGCUGCAAUGUUGGUGAGGUUUGGAAUUGCCAGGUGCAGCGCAAAGUCUGAGUAUAUCCAGUUCCAUGAUAUGAUCAGGCUAUAUGCUCGCAAGCGAGGAGGCACAAGAACGGCUCAAGCUGCGGUCCAGUCAGUGUACCUCCGAGGCUCAAUAAAACAUUCUUCUGAGCACCUAUGGGCUGCCUGCUUCAUGGCUUUUGGAUUUGGUUCUGAUCCUUUUCUGGUAGAACUGAGGCCAGCUGAGUUGAUGUUCUUUGUGAAGCAGAUUGUCGUGCCACUUGCGAUAAACACAUUCAUUACAUAUUCCCGAUGCAACGCUGCGCUGGAGCUCCUGCGCCUGUGCACGGACGCAUUGGAGCGUGCAGCUGAAUCCAUGCUCUCUCAUGCUGGCAAAUGGAGAGAAACAUCAAUCUCCUGCUUUAGGCCAGUUCAGUCAGAAGCCCAGUACACCUAUCUUUGGCAGGAGCUGGCUCUUCUGAAAGCUUCUGUACUAGAAACACGGGCCAAGCUGAUGCUCCGAGGCGGACAGUAUGGCAUCGGGGAUGACCUGAUACGGAAGGCCAUAUUCAUCCGAACCUCCAUCUGCGGCGAGCACCACCCCGACACGGUCUCGGCUCGAGAAACCCUCAGUAAACUAACAAGGCUUCUUACAAACGUCCACCUUAGUUGAUUCAUAUAGCUUAGGACUUCACCCAUAUAUUCUUUUUAGUGUGGCUUUUUCAUAAUCGCCGUACAAAUACCCCCAGAAUAUCAAAUAACAAAGUAUAUUUAUCUUCAUCAUUUCACCUCUUCUUUUUUGCUAUUGUUACUGAAUGUAUCCUAUCUUAUUUCAUCCCUUUUAGCACUCUCUUCAGGGUUCUACCAAUAUAUGUUGGCUUUGAGGCUA